AUGCAGCCGAACCACAAGCCGCGCCGCGUGCGCUGCAUGGCGUGUGACGGCUGCCGGCUGCUCUCGGACUGUGGCGAGUGCAGAGAGUGCCAGGACAAGCUCCCUUUUGGCGGGACUGGCAAGCGAAAAAAGCUUUGCCGCGCGCGAAUUUGCCGGCGCCUCUACCGCGACCGUGAGGAGGAAAGGGAAGACACGGCGGGGGCCUACAAGCGGCCGUUUGCUCUCAUCUCUGGCCACCCGCCGCUGUUUGCCUCCUCGCAUGCCAUACCGGGAGCUCUGAUGCAACCGGGGCUUUUCCCCGCCGCAGCGCUGACGCCCGGGAGUGGUGGGCUCAUGCCUGGCCCCUUGCCGCUCGCGUCGCUCCUCCCCGCGCGGGUGAAGGUGGAGCUGCGGGGGCAGCUGGAGCAGCAGCUGCUGCAGGUCCAGCCGCUGGCGGGGAGGGCGCUCCCCGCCCCGGUGAGGCCCCGGUCGACUACGCCACUACGGCCUCAGCCCACCGCCCCUUCAGCAGAGACUACGCCCCUGCGGCCGCAGCCCACCGCCCCGUCAGCAGACGAGGGGGGGACAGAGCCAGCUGCUGCGUGCGCGGCGGCUGCCUCCGCCUCCGGGGCGAGGGUGGACAGCGAGGGGGAUAUCGCCGGCGGGGACGAGGCGCUUGCUGCGCUCGUCCUGACCGGGCUUGCCGAGUCAGAGGUGCUGCACUCGGCGCCACCGUCGCCUCCGGAGGGGGGUCCGGAGGAGGGGGGCGGCAAGGGCGCCGCUUGGUUGCUCCUCCCGUCGCACCUCCCGUCGCUCCCCCUUUCGCUCUCCUGGUCGCCGGUCGCAAUCAGCCUCACGCUCGCCAUCGCCCUCGUCGCCGGCAACGUACCAGGAUUUGGCAGCUUGGGGCAAGCUGGGGCAGGGCAGCUCCUGGCGCCAAAGUCGCUCGGCGUGGGCAUCACGCUGCUCUACGCGUCCGUGCUCUGCAGGCACGGGCGCGUGCAGGCGGCCCGAUUGUGGGUCGCCGGCGGGGUCGCGCACGAGCUCGUCGUGGUCAUCCUGCUCGGCGCGAUGAGGCCGCAACAUGUGCUCCUCGCGAGGCUGACCUCCAUCCGGCACUCCACCCCCGUCGCCGCGUGCGCCUUCCUCGCCGGCCUGCUGACCGGCGUGCAGCCAAUGGCGCCCUCCGACGUGUGGAGGACCACAGUCUUGCUCGCGCUGCUGCGGCUCGCCGGCCUCGCGAUCUGGGCGACCCGACUCGGGGACUGGCCUCUGGCCGCCGGCUGCUGGGACGCGGAAGCCCACCUGGAUGCGGAGGUCGGCGGCGUCCCGCCUGCAGGGGCUCCGACCGCCGUCCAAGUGUGCGCCUCCUUCGCGGCCGAGCUCUACACCGACCCUGCCUUCCUCUUCCUGGUCGCAGGCUUCGCGCUGCUGGUCGUUGCCAACCUGGCGCGGGCUUCGCCUCGCUUUGUGGCGCGCGCGACGACGAUGCUUGUCGUCUGUGGCCCGACUCUGCGGCUUGUCCAAGCCCUGGUCUGCUCGCCGGCAGAGCUGGCCCGUGACGUGGACAGCUUGGCAGAAGGAAGGCUGGGCUUCCUCACGGUCUGCGUUGCGGGCGGCGCGACCUUUGGCGUGCAGCCGCUGCCUACCACCCGCAAGCUACUCGCCGCGGGGUACCUGGCUUGCGCGGUGGCGUGCAGUACUGUGGUUUUCCGCAUCCGGACGGGCGACGAUCGCAUGCCCUCCCUUGAGCUGCUGCACGGCUUCCUCCCCUUCCUCGCGUCUUUCCUCGCGGCCUUGGCUGUCUCGGGCCCCACCCUCCGGCAAGACGAUAGCUCCGCCCCACUGCCGCUUUCGCCGCCGACGCCGCCGCUCUCUGCGCCGGCAGCUUGUUCCGCCGGGGCUCUCGCGAGGGCGCCAGAGGCGGCCAUCGUGGUGCGGGCGGGCUGGGCGUGCGAGGCGCAGGCGCCUGCCCAGCCAGCUACCCAGCAGGCGCAGCUACCCUCGCGGGAGCGGGACAGGGCUCGGGACGAGGCGCCGCGACGACGCGGUCAAGCGCGAGGAGGGGACGAGGCGCCUCCUUCUUGA